AUGCGAGAGGUCGGUCCCUUAUUCCCGGCCGAGAAAGAAGGCCUCUCGAAAAAUCCCGUAACAUCCGAGCCUACACCGGCGGUCGUCUCUUGUUGUGUGCCGUUUGGAUCCGCAACCUGGCACGCGCUCAGCGCUGUCGAAAUCAUCUGA